UUGGACUUGCUAUUGUCAUCAAGAAUCUUCGAUAUCUUAAACCACUCUCUCUGUCUCUCUCUCAAAUAUAAUUGAAAAUUUCUGAAGAUUAUCUAUAGUUUCUUUCUCGAGCCAUGCCUCCGAUGAAAGCUGUGUUGCAACUGAGUAUUCACGAGGAAAGAAUCAGGAAGAAGGCGUUUGUCACCGUUUCUAGAUGUCCAGGUGUUGCUUCGAUAUCAUUGGAUGACAAAACCGGGAAAAUGACGAUUGUUGGUGAAGUUGAUGUAUCGGCUAUUGUGAUGAAGCUAAGGAAGCUAUGUAACACUGAGAUUGUUUCGGUUGAAGUUGUUAAACCACCAGAGAAAAAGGCUGAACCGGAGAAAAAGCCUGAAGCUAAACCGGCUGGUAAACCUGAAGUUGUUGCCUGGCCGAUUCCGAUGAACUACCACCAGUACCAAUACAAUCCUGCCUAUGCAAAUUCUUACUAUCAGCCACAGGGGAAUUCUAGAUUUGUAGGAGACGAGCCAGGUUGUGUGAUUAUGUGAUUUUUCUCUAGAGUUAUCUCAAAUAAUGUUAAGUUAUUCAACACUUAGUUUUGAUGGAAGAGUAUAAUUUUUUUUGGGGGCUACUACUUGUAAUAUACAUUUCUCGUACGACCUUUCUGUUAAUGUAUGAUAAAAUUAAUCUACGCUUUGUUAAUUUUUGUACUUUAUUAUCAUCUAAUAACAAUCAGUCUUUUUCCUU